AUGAGAAGCUCCGGUGUGGUGCAGAGCCUGAAGUCAUGGGCCUCCAAGCUUCAUCCCCAGCUGCCGUUGAACGCAAAGGAGUCUCAACGACUGUUGACCGCCUUGACGAGCUCGUUCCGGCAGCAGCUGGAUCAAGCACAUCCAAUUCGAAGCGCUCGUAAAGAAGAGAAACCUACGAAGAAGGAACAGGCUGUUCCAAAUAUUGGCCAUCGCGAUCUGCACGCUUCAUCCGCAGACUCAGCCGACCGACAUCUGACCUCGAUCUUGACGAACCCACUGCUGGCCAAGUCUUAUGGGACAACAAAGCCUAUCAGAGACUAUGCAGCCGCCCAGGAGUCCUUCUUACGGGAGCCUUUUCAGGAUACGGUCACACUUCUGGAAGAAUACCAGGAACACGGAGCAGCCACCGUUCCGAUAGCUGCUUUAUGCCUGGAGAAGUACAUUUCUCAGCUCGAUAUGCUGUCCGACCCUGAUCGCGCCAAGGUCGUGAGCGAAAGGCAGGCUGGCGCUCGGACGCUCAGGUGGCUGUGGAAAAGUGGGCUGCAUGACAGUGAGGCGUUUGUCGACGACACCCGCCUGGCGGACGUCUUGCUCCCGUGCCUUGUGGAGGAAGACCACGAAGACAUAGUUUGGAAGUGGCUCGUUCAGGACAUCAGACUUGGACCGCAAGACGACAGUCAUUACGACAUUCUCAGAAAGAAAAAGCUGUAUUGGUAUAGAUGGAAAGGGCGGCUGCUUCGUAGCAUGAUCUCAGCCAUACUCGAUCAACAAUGUCGCCCGACAAAAUCUUGCGAUGCUGCUCUCGACGCAAUCUUUCGCGCUGAGAGUGUCCAGGCAAACAUAUCCCUUGUUCCCACAAUGGUGAUACUGAAAAAGGUCUUUCGGGACCGGACUAAUCCGUUUCGGUAUACGGACUGUGCGAAAUUCGAUCGGUUUUUGCGUAUGGGGACAGCUGGCGGAGGGGACAAUAUCUACGCCGUACACUGGAUGGCUACUCUGAAGCAGUAUCAUCCCACACAGCCGUCCGGACAGCCCUACCUGGAUAUGAUUCGAGAGAUGCUCUCUGAGCAUCGAAGCGUUCACGACUUUUCCGACGUUUUCCUGACACAAAUGAGAACGACUAAGCAUGAUACUGCUCGGCGAGAAUUUUACACCAGACUCCUGCGAACAGCGGCUCUGCUUGAGGUGGAAGGGUUGCAUUCCGACGCCAAGUGGAUAGCUAGUCUCGCCUCGGAGUGGUACCCGGAGUGGGAUCCGUGGACUGAACACAACCUGCAAAGAGAACGACGAAGUCUGUCGAACUGGGACUCCGUGCGCACUGAUGGUCGAUCGCUUUCCAACCAAGAGCCGGAAGAAUCUAAAGCCACCCAUCAACCCGUCCCAUUUCCUACUUUCGUUUGA